UGACAUUGUUGGCCGGCAUGCAUUUUCUCAUCCUGUCGCGCGGUAAGAUCUCCUGGCCACGAUGACGGUUCGCUAAUGAAUCUACGACGGAAUAUCCCACGUUAUUGUAGCCAGCGAGCUUACAUCCUCUGGACGUAAUCCGCCUUGCAUUUAUGAUGCCCGGUCUACGCCAGACCAAUGCUUUCCACACAGACCUCGAUCACAGAGGGAAUCCGCUCAGUGUCAGCGAGCGCGAGCAGUUGCUCAAGCCAUACCUACCACCGAGACCUGCGAAGCAAGAGAAGGGCGAUAAUCGACCGCCCAGCAGCCGACCGAGACACCUCCAACACCAGCCACGGAUACGCCCGGCUCUCUUACACCUUCUCCACUACACUCUUUUUACGCUCCUACACGCCAUCUUCAGCAUCUACAUCCGCUUUCGACAGGUCUAUCAUGCGAUCGUGGGGAGACUGUUGGCAAUCCUGCAUUAUCAUUUCAGGACGCCAGAAUUGAUCAAGCGAGAUGUAAGACGGUUGAGCAAGGUCCCACAACAUCUGAGCGUCAUAUUGGAGCUUCCACCAGAAGGCGGGAAGAGGGACCGGCUUGAGGCGUUGAUUGUGGAUGCGUGUGAGGUCGCAGCAUGGAGUGCAUGUGCGGGCGUGCCCAUGCUCUCGAUCUAUGAGCGGACCGGCAUCCUCAAGUCGUCUUUGCCAAGUCUGCAUCGCCGCAUAUCGAAGACACUGACGUCUUACUAUGGCAACUCGCCCUUGAAACCUACGCUUUCUCUGCGGGCGCCACACCUGGCCACUUACAGCCCACCGCAUUCGCCAGAGCCUGCUGUACAUGGCGACAUGGUAGCGGCUCAACAUCCUCAUCUGACCGUACUCCUGAUCGAUGCUGCUGAUGGACGUCAGACGCUCGUCGAUCUCACCCGGACGUUAGCAUCAAUGGCGCAGGACCGCAAGCUUGCGCCCUCGGACAUCAGCCAGGAGCUGAUCGAUGCCGAAAUCAGCGAAAGCGUCAUGGGCGAGCCGGACUUACUCGUCGUAUUUGGCGAGGGAGUAAGGUUGGAUGGAUAUCCACCGUGGCAAGUCCGACUUACGGAGAUCUAUGGCGUGCAAGACAACAAUGCCGGCGUCGGUUACAGCGUGUUCUUACGCGCUCUCUAUCGCUAUGCUAAGGCGGAGAUGCGAUUCGGUCGAUAAUCUGUCUUGCGAACAAUCUCGCUAAUCGUAUGUGCACAUCUCACCAACUCUUCGUUGAGAUGAAUUGUUCAUGCGUUAUGCCACGCGACGGAAGUUGAAAGAGCCUUGGUAGUUCCGAUCUUAUUGUUAUGUCGACUGUAACAGUUUGUGGAAUCGGAAAUCAAGUGAUCCGUUUAGAGACAUGAGGCGGCGACUUUCGCAUGUUCGGCGUCGGGUCACGAUCAUGCGCCGACUAAUCCAAACGCUAUGCAGAAUGAAUCACUUUGCCAAUAAUAUUGUUGGCUUAGAAGACCGCCAGCGCACCGAGUGCCGCCA